UAGUAGCUGUGAGCACUGCUGCUGUGCUGCUCUCUGCUGUCGUGUAGGUAGUAGGUACUUUCAAAUCAUUCGAUACGCCAUAUAGUAAACACCAUACAUACACCAUAUUCAUACCUAUAUAUAUGUACAUCCACUCUAUACUACGAAACAGUGCGAACUGCGGUAGCGUGUUAAACGUGAGGGUAUGUAACGAAAGUACUUCUUACAUUUUGAAUGAAAAUUAAACAAUUCAGCGUUGUCAUUUGCUACGUUAGUUAUAACGUUUUGCAUCGAGGAUGCAAUUCUAACGAGGUAGUUUUUUAAAUUACAGUAAUCGACGGGCAUUGACGAAAAUAUAUAGUGCCAAAAGGACUUGCAAGGUAUAAUAUAAAUUUCGAGGCUAAACGCACAAGGAAACGUGAAAAGUGUGUGAAUAGCGACUGCGCAGCUCCUCCCAUAUUUUCGGCAGUGUUGAGAGAGUGGUCCAACUGGCCUUUCCUUUCCUUACCCAUUGAAAUUAUACGGACGUGAUUGGGAUUUGUGUGAAAUUUACAACUCCGUUGUUACUCCGACUCAGACAUCGGAAAAUCUUGUUGUGAUACCACACAAAAACAUAAUUCGAGUAUCGGAGCUAUACGUUUCGGAGCGUUGUUUGACGAACGUUUUCGAAAAGAGGACACAAGCUCUAGACGUGGGUCCUUGGUCCGUGGAGGAUGACCUCGGACCUCCUCGUGCUUCUUCAGUGAAUAGAAGUUUUAACGAGUAAAUCAUCGUCGACAACGGUGCUAAAUACAUUUCGAAGUGUGAGUAUAGUGACGAGUAAAUCAGUGUCGACACCCAUGCUAAGUUCGGCAUCCGGAGCAACAUCAGAUAAAAUGCAGACCCAGUGGCAACCGCAGCAGGAGGACGAGCAGGAGUUGCUGCUUAACACCAGCUGCCGAACUACCGCAAGCUCGGGCUGUGACGUAGACGAUAUGUGCUCGGUAGACGAAGAGACUUCGGGCUCCUCGCCGAUGAAGCCGCCCAUGUCCCUGCCGAGGAAACUGUCUUUCGAUAACGUGGACAUGGACACCACCGAGGAUGAUGAGAACGAGGAGGCUGCUCGGGGUGGCAGGAGUGGUGCCGGUGCUGCUUUUUCUUCCGGACAGACAGUUCCAGUGAGUAUAAAGUCUUAUCAAAGGGAUACCACUCAGUCUAAAAUGAAAAGCAUGACAUGCAGCCCUCCUUACAAAAAAGUGAGAGCGUUAAGGCUAUUUGACUCACCAGCCACGCCAAAAACUCUAAUAGAAAAAAGUGCUAUGCACACGCCGUUGCCAAAUAAAUACUCUGCCACGAGACUAUUUCAUCCAGACAAGCCUAAAGCCAUACCAAGUCAUUGUCUGUCCAAAUCUGAUAGACCAUCAGCAAAUAUCAACCCAUUUACACCAAAUGGAAUGCUCAUCACAGCCAAGAAACGGAGUAGAUCUAAAUUAAGUGGAAUUGGGAGAUCACCAAAGCUAUGUAUACCUAAAUUUGACCUAGUUGAUUCUGAAGGAUCUGAAGAUGAAGUUGAGCAGCCAACAAAGCGAGUGGCUCUUCAGGAAUCUAAUAUCUCACGCUAUUACCAAGAAUUUCUUGAGUUGGAGCUACUAGGCACUGGAGAGUUCGGAUCGGUUUACAAAUGCAUUCACCGUCUAGACGGUUGUAAUUACGCUGUAAAAAAGAGUAUCAAGCCAGUAGCAGGCAGCGUCAGCGAGAAGAAUGCUCUUAAUGAGGUCUAUGCGCAUGCAGUACUUGGGAAACACCAACAUGUCGUCAGAUAUUAUUCAGCAUGGGCUGAAGAUAAUCACAUGAUCAUACAGAAUGAGUACUGCAAUGGUGGAAGCCUUGCUGAUGCCAUUCAAAAGAUGCGAAAGGACGGCAAGCUAUACUCAGAGGUUGAGCUCAGGCAGCUGUUGUUACAAGUAGCCCAGGGUCUAAGAUAUAUUCACAGCAUGCAUCUGGUACACAUGGAUAUAAAGCCGGGCAACAUCUUUAUAUCGCGUGAAAAAGGUCAGAUGAGGGUGAAUUAUGAUUCAGCUGAUGACGGUUUUGACGAAGAAGAGACUGAGGAGGAGAUCACCUACAAGAUCGGCGAUCUGGGACAUGUCACUUCGAUAAACAACCCACAAGUUGAGGAGGGUGAUUGCAGGUAUUUACCAACGGAGAUCCUUCGUGAUGACUACACGCAUUUGACCAAGGCCGACAUAUUUGCUCUGGGCCUUACAAUGUACGAAGCGGCUGGAAGUGGUCCUCUGCCCAAAAACGGUCCCGAGUGGCACAGUAUUAGACAUGGCAAUCUCAAGGAACUUUCCCAAUACAGCCGUGAAUUCAAUGACUUGCUUAAGCAAAUGAUUCAUCCAAAGCCAGAAAUUCGACCCUCUGCUGUGAGCUUAAUCCAACACCGAGUCCUUAGUCCCAAUGGCAACAAGACGAAGGCUCAGUUACGGCGAGAACUCAACGCAGAGCGUUUGAAAAAUGAAAUACUGUCGAAACAACUGCAGGAAGCAGCAAAGUGCCUCAAAACGAUCGCACCCAAUGUGGUUGGCUUGAAUAACAAUCAACAUGGCAGUACUACUAACAGUGGCUACAAGCUUAGGCCAACGCCAACAAGGACGUCGUCACGAGUCAUCGGCAAAAAGGUCAAUCGUAGCUUUAGUGCCACUAAUAUAUAAGAAGGCAAGCCAGUCUUUCGCGAUAAUCAAGCAUUUCGUGUUUUUUAAUAUUAACUUUUCUUUUUAAACGUAAUUUUUUUUUUGAGACUCGCAAUGAAAAAAAAACAAAA